UGACGAAUCCAAACCGGAGACCAUCGGCGCUCUUUUCAAACCUCUUUACCGCGGAAACAUGUUAACUUACGAGUUGUUAGUCAUUUAACUUUAACGAAAAACAACCUGGAAUGCCAUUAAUGAACCUGUAAUGCAAGUUAUUGGUCAACGCGAGCCGUUUGUGUCGGUUAUGUAGCACCAAGUUGACGUUAGACAGGCUAGCUGUCUCUGCGAGGCAUAUCACAGCCAUGAACAGCAGCGCAGAGAGGAAAUUCAUCAAUUUGAGGAAGCGUCUGGACCAGCUGGGCUACCGACAGACACUGGGGAUAGAGUCACUGCCACUGGUGGAAAAACUAUUCAGUGACCUGGUUCACACAACCGAAAGCCUGCGCAAUGCCAAGCUGUCAGCAGGGAAGACUGAGAAGGAGAGUCGGAACUUCGAUGCUCUCCUGGAGCCGUACAGGGCAGAGAAUGCCCGAGCUGUCCGGGAGAACAACGAGCUGCACCAGGAGCUCCUCAAGCUGAGGGAGGAGAAGGACCGUGUCACCAGAGAGCUCAAGACCCACAUCAGAAAACUGGACCACGAGUCAUCCGACUUGAAGUUUUUGAAUAAUCAGUAUGUGCACAAAGUUCGCUGCUUGGAGAAGGACAGCAAGGCCAAAGCUGAGCGCAUCCAGCAGCUGCAGGAGAAGAACAUGCAGGCUGUGGUGCAGACGCCAGGUGGAAAGAAGCGCAGCAUCCCUUUCAGAAGGCAGAGGAUGCAGAUUGAUGAGCUCAUACCUCCAUCCUCUACAUCAGCUUAUCCCGUGGCGCAGCCUGAUGAUCCGUAUGUAGCUGACCUGCUGCAGCUGGCUGAUGGAAGGAUUCAUGAGCUACAGGAAGAUAUCAUAAAGGUCAAACUAGACCUGGAAAACACUCAAGACUAUAUCAAACACUUAAACACACAGGUGGAGGAGAGAGACAAAGAGAUUGACCGUCUGAAUCGUGCUCUUCAUGGAGGACGACCUCAUGAUGUAAUUUCCCUCGAGUCUCAGAACAUCAGCAACGAGAAACUGAUCGCCCAUCUUAACCUUCAGAUUGAGUACCUGCAGGAGACCAACAGAACACUGGAACAGAAGGUGGAGGGACUGCAGCAGAAGAAGAAGGACGCCUCCACCGAAGUGGCCAAUCUGUCUUUAAAGAACCGGGAGCUGUGCGAAGAGCUGACGCAUAUAGACGACCUUGCCAAGCGGAUGGAGAUGGACAAGGAGUUUGUGUUGGAAACUGCUGACAUGGAACUGCAAGAAGCUAAAAAAGAAGUUCAAAGGCAGCAUAAAAUCAUUGAAGACCUGGAGGAUAUUAUCACCAAAACAAGAAGGGAGCAAUCUGAAGGUGACUUUGAAAAAGACAGACUUAGAGACCAGCUGGUGGAGCUCAAAGAGCAGAAUGAGAAAAUGGAGGGACUGGUGAAUUUCCUGGAGGAGGAAAAAAUCCGGCUGCAGGACAAAAUGGAGAAAAUGAUGGCAGCUGACAAAGACCUGGUGCUGGAGUUGGAGACAAUGCGGGCUAAACACGGUGUUUGUGGAAGGGAACGCUCCCCAUCGCGGCUGGAUGCGUUUGUCAAGAGUCUGGAGGAGGAGAGGGAUUAUUAUCGGCAGGAGGCAGAGCGCUACAAAAGAGCCCGAGGGGCUGCUGGGCAGGAUUUAAGCCCCAGUCGUAGUCCAGGCCGGGGCAGGAGUCCUCGGUCCAAAGCAACAAGGCAUUUUCAGGGAGGCGCUGCAGAGACAGAACUGCUUCGUUUAGUAAAAGAAAGAGAUGAGCUGAAAGCCGCUCUGUUGGGCUUUGAGACACAAAUGGAGGACAUCCAGGACAACGUGAAGGCCCUCAGUGCUGAGAGAGACCGCUUCAAAACACUGUUAAAACAGGCUCAAGAGGACCUGAAGCUGGCCCGAAGCACUGAUCUGUCGGCUGACCUCUUCAAACUGAAGGAGGAAAUUAAAGAGGCAGAAAUUAAAAUUGAGCACAUGAGUGUUGAAAGAGAGACACUGAUUGAGAGAUUAAAGGUUGCCCAGACUUCAGCUCUGACGGACAGACACGUCGAGGACAGGAGGAUUCUCGACCUGGAGAAUGCUGUUAAGAGUUUGGAGCGAGAGAGGCUGGAGCUGCGGUCACAGGUGUGUCUGCUGAAGGAGAACCGAGAGGCUGCAGAGGAGGAGCUGAAGACCCGAUCUGCUGCUCUGGUCCAGAACUCAGAGGAGGUCGCACAGCAGAGGGCGGAGUCUAACGCUCUGAGGCUGCUCCAGGAGCAGAUGGAGCAGUCACUGUCUGAUACACAACACAGGCUGUCUGUGAAGAUGAGCGAGCUGCAUGCUGCUCAUGGGCAGAUUGAGAAACUGGAGGAGAGAAUAGGAGAGCUGAGUCAGCACGGCUCCAAGCACAAAGAGGAAGUGGCUGUUCUUCAGAAGUCUGUCUCUGCCCUGGAUAGAGAGAAAGACGCUCUGCAGGAUGAAGUGGAUCAGAAGACCGAAAAACUGGUUGCUCUCGAGGAGGAGAAUGCUAAAAAGGAACAGACCCUUAAAGAAGUGAGACUCACAGUCACAAACAUGGACAACUCACUGGCUCAGCUGCAGGGGGCGUUGAACAGCCGUGAGAGGGAGAUCGGCAGCCUGAGGAGACAGCUGGAUGCCUGUCAGGAGGAGCUGGCUGCACUCAGGAGAGACAAAGAAAUCACAAUCCGAGAGAACAGGAGGCUGCAGGAUGACCUGGCCACAAUGACCAGAGAGAACCAAGCUGUACAUGUGGAGAUGGAGGAGGCUCUGCAUGAGAAGGAUGAACUGAAGCUGAGGGUCCACUCGUACAUUUCUGAAGUGUCCAGGAUAGAGAAGCUGAUGGCUACAAAGGAACAGGAGAACAGGGACCUGCUGGAUCGUUUCAGGAUGGCCCACUCCGAGGUGGAGGAGCGGGAGCAGAAGCUGCAGCAGGCUGAAGGCCUCAAUAGCUCCAUCCGUCUGGAGCUGCUGUCUUCAGACACAGAGCGCAGACACCUCAGGGACACGGUCGGCCAGCAGGAGAGAGAGAUCCAACAGCAUACACAGGCCCUGCAGGCAUACGAGGCCCAAGUAUCCUCUCUGGUGCGAGGAAUGUCCCGACUGGAGGAGGAGCUACAUAAAGCCCAGGAGGAGAAGGCUGCUCUCCUCUCAGAUCUGGCAUCUGUCAGGGAGCUCUGUGUAAAACUCGACUCUGGCAAGGAGCUCACAGCACGUCAGCUCACCUCCAGGAGGAUGGAUCUGGAGAGGGUCACAGGAGAACUGGAGGAUGUUCGGUCUGAAGCAGAGCUGCUGAAAAAACAGCUGGCCAGUGAGAGGCUGACUGUCCGCAACCUGGAGACGCUGCUCUCCAACAAUCGGCAGAAGGAGUUUCAAACCCAACUGACAGCCAGCGAGAGGGAGUCAGAGCUGAAGGUCCUCCGUGAUAGGCUGACCCUGGCUGACAGCAAAACUGCGGAGCAUUCCAGGGAGGCGUCCCAGCUCCGCAGCAGAGUCUCUCAGCUGCAGACGGAGAUGGACGUCCUGAAAAGACAGUUGACCACUGAGCGCUUUGAACGAGAGAGGGCCGUUCAGGAGAUGCGCAGACAGGGCAUGUCGUUCUCGCCCCUGCAGACUUCACUGCCCCUCAGCUCCUCCGGCAGUUCUCAUCACAUCUCCCCAGAACGCUCCAUCCUCCGAACUCUCAACCGCUCCACCGACAAGUCAGCAGACAGAAGUGUUAGCUUCAAGGAUUAACUACUGGAGAGACAGACAAAUGAAGGCAGCGCUGAGUGAGUCAGAAACCACUAGAAGCUCACGCUUGAAGUCUUGAGUCUGGACAUGAAUUGUUAUACCCUCCGUAAGCCUUGGCAUUAUCUAGCCUGUAGCGUACGUCCAGCCUGAGGCGCUCAGGAUUGAAUCAUGCCAGCUCUUCAGUGACAGUGCUAACAAUUGAAGGUUACUUUUUUCAACUUCUCAAUAACUCACACAACUAGAGGAGUGUCCUCUCUGUUGGUACGUUACAGUGUUUGAAGAAAUUAGGAUUCAGCUUCCAGAAUGAAAUUAGUUCUCAUUAACAAUAACCGCACACAUGUAGCAAGUGUUCAUUCAGCCCUGUGGUUAUGUGUAUUAUACUUAAUAUUCAUGUUUUUUAAUGAUGUUUUAAAUUAUUAAAUUAUUCACAAAAUAAAGCAACACGCAUUCCAGGAUAUGCUUUGAUGUAUAUCA